UUUUUCUCUCUCUUCUUCCUUCCUUCUUUCUCUCUUUCUUUCUCUGUUACAAGGUCUCAAAACUCUGUUCUUGGGUUGUCUGAUUCUCUCUGAACCACACAGCGUGACCGGCGAGCUUAAUCUCGCCGGAAAAUUGCCCUACGCUGGCCGGAAUCUCCAAAAUUUCCGAUUUGAAAUCCGAAUUGUGAUUCUGUUUUUCCUUUUCUUUUUGCCAGUGUUUGAGUCUUUAGAAACAGCCAAAAAUAAAAAAAGAAUUUGCUUUUCUUCUUUUUAUCCUGGAGUGAGAUUGCAAGGAAAGCAAUGCGGAGAGAGGAGAUGAAAUUUUUGAAAAGAAAUCUCGAGAUCCCUUAUUUCUGAAUUCCUAGUGUUAUAUACCUCUUGCAAGAUUCAAUUUUUCUUCUUCUCCGUCUUUCUUUUUCAAAAGUUUCCUAUGAGAAGGUUGUUAAAUUUUGUGAAGAAUAGAGAUUUUGGAGUUUUUUGUGCUGGGGAGUUGGUGUUUGAAUUGAGGAUGAAUAGAGUCCAAGGAAGCUAGCAAUUGGUGAGUUUUUCAGCAAUAUUACUCUUUUUCCAGAUUCUCUGGACUCUGAGGCUGCAGGAUGCCUUUUCAAAUCAUGGAUCAGAGGGGGGUUUCUGCUUCAUCCCACUUUUUUGAUGACAUUUCCUUUCGCUCUGAGAGGAAUGUUGGAUUGCAGAAACCAAAAUCUAUUAAUGACCAUUACCCACAAGGAAACAAUGGAAUGGUAGCAUCACCUGGCAGCAUUUUGAAUGCUACACCACCCCUUGAUGUAAAUGCAAAAGUUGGCUUACUGGUGCCACAGGCUAGUCUACCUGAGGAUAGUAUACAUUCCACGGAAUCAUCGAAUUGCCGUCCCAAAUCAUUGUCUGAUGCAUGUCUGCAGUCAGCACCUACCUCUUAUGGUUUAAUUGGGAACAAGAUUGUGACCAAUGCUGCCCCUUGUGAAAGUAGUUUAUUCUCAAGCUCCAUGUCUGAGAUAUUUAGCCAAAAGUUAAGGUUAUUCGGGAAUGAUGUUCGGUCUGAUCAUCUCAUUAAUGCUGAUUCCCCUCCUGAGGAAGAACCAUAUAAAUCUCUUGAAGAAAUGGAGGCUGACACUAUAGGGAAUCUCCUUCCUGAUGAAGAUGAUCUGUUUUCUGGUGUUGUUGAUGAGUUAGGAUGCAGUUCUCAUGCCAGAACAAAUGAUGAUUUUGAAGAUUUUGAUCUGUUUAGCAGUGGGGGAGGCAUGGAGAUGGAAGGAGAUGAACAUUUAAGUUCAGGAAAAAGAAUAAGUGCUCUCGAUGGAGAUUUUGGUUUCUUUGGAGGUUAUAAAGGAAAACUUCCUUUUGUUGAACAGCCUUCUAGAACACUUUUUGUUAGAAACAUUAAUAGCAAUGUAGACGACUCUGAGCUAAAGGCUCUCUUUGAGCAAUAUGGAGAUAUCCGAACCAUUUAUACAGCCAGUAAGCAUCGUGGGUUUGUCAUGAUUUCUUAUCAAGAUCUAAGGGCAGCACAAAAUGCAAUGCAAGAACUUCAAAAUAGGCCAUUGAGGUCUAGGAAACUUGAUAUACAUUAUUCAAUUCCAAAGGUCAAUGCUCCAGAAAAGGAUAUUGGCCAUGGUACACUGAUGCUAUCUGGUCUUGAUUCACCUGUUUUAGAUGACGAGCUUAAACAAAUUUUUGGAUUUUAUGGAGAAAUUAAAGAAAUCUAUGAAUAUCCAGAAAUGAAUAAUCACAAAUUUAUAGAGUUUUAUGAUGUCCGAGCUGCGGAGGCUGCUCUUCGUGCAUUGAACAAGAUUGACAUUUCUGGGAAGCAGAUCAAGCUUGAACCUGGCCAUCCUAGGUUUGAAACAUGUUUGAUGCACCAGUCUCGGAAGGGGCAAGAGGAGCGAGAUCUUGGUCAAAGUAUUAUAGACAACUUAUCAUCAAGACAAAAAGCAACAGUGCCUUCUGGAGUAAUUGGAUCUGGUUGCUUUGAAAAUGGAUAUAAUCAGAGAUUUCAAUCUACAGUUAGGCAACCGCUGAAUGCAUUUAUGGAUAAUGCAUUCAUUCAUGUGAAUUCUGGUAUUCACAACACUGUGAGAGGGGCACCUGCUGGAAAAGUGUCCAGUGUUUGUGAGUCAAGUAGCUUUAUUGAUGCAAUGAACUUUGCAUCUGGUUCGAGAUUUCAUCCUCAUUCCUUACCUGAGUAUCGUGAUAGUUUAGCUAAUGGUAGUCCAUAUAACUUUUCUAGCUCCAUUAGCAACAUGGCUAACAAUAUAGGUGCUGGAGCAACAGAAGCCUCUGAUGGCAGGCAUAUUCAGGGAAUGGGCUCAACUGGGAACUUGGCAGAAUUUAAUGCAGGAGGAAAUGGGAUACGCCCACAUCAUGGACUUUAUCAUAUGUGGAACAGCUCCAAUUUGCAACAGCAAACUUCAUCAAGUACCAUGCUUUGGCAGAAAUCACCAUCAUUUGUUAAUGAUGCUUCUUCUCCGGGCCUUCCACAGAUGUCAAGCUUUGCUAGAACACCGCCUCAUAUGCUGAGAACACCACAUAUGAUGGACCAUCAUGUUGGAUCAGCACCAGUUGUUACAGCCUCACCAUGGGAAAGGAAAAAUUCUUACUUGGGAGGGUCCCCUGAGGCUUCUGGUUUUCGCUUGGGUUCUCUAGGAAGUGGAGGUUUUCAUGGUUCCUGGCAAAUGCAUCCACUGGAUUUUCCUUCUCAUAACAUGUUUUCUCAUGUUGGUGGGAAUGGCACCGAACUAACAUCCAAUGCUGGACAGAACUCUCCUAAGCAGUUAUCUCAUGUUUUCCCUGUGAGACAUCCUAUGUCUUCAAUGUCAAAAUUUGAUGCUUCCAAUGAACGUAUGAGAAACCUUUAUCACCGUAGAAAUGAAGCAAACACCAACAAUGUUGAUAAAAAACUGUAUGAGCUUGAUUUAGGUCGCAUAUUGCGUGGGGAAGACAGCCGAACUACACUUAUGAUAAAAAAUAUUCCCAACAAGUAUACUUCAAAGAUGCUUCUUGCUGCAAUAGACGAGCAAUGUAAGGGAACUUAUGAUUUUCUGUAUUUACCGAUUGAUUUCAAGAAUAAAUGUAAUGUUGGCUAUGCAUUCAUAAACAUGAUUGAUCCUGGUCAAAUUAUUCCUUUCCACCAGGCUUUUGAUGGGAAAAAAUGGGAGAAGUUUAAUAGUGAAAAAGUAGCCUCACUUGCCUAUGCCCGAAUUCAAGGAAAAGCUUCUCUUAUUGCUCAUUUUCAGAACUCAAGCCUGAUGAACGAAGACAAACGUUGCCGUCCUAUUCUCUUCCAUACAGAUGGCCCAAAUGCUGGUGAUCCGGAGCCUUUUCCCAUGGGUGCCAAUAUUAGACUGAGACCUGGAAAAUCUCGCACUGCUGGCAAUGAGGAGAAUCGAAGCCAAGGGAGCCCUUCAACUUUGUCAAGUGGAGAAGACGCUAAUGGGAUAGACUCUUCAAAAAACACUUAAUUGAUUUAGCCUUGCUUGGGCACUAACUGUUCAACAUUGCACCAUAAUGUCAUGUCAACCCCCAAGUCUGUAUAUUGACAUUUUCUUUUUAUGAGAGAAGAGCCAGUAGGAAAAGGGCUCACAAUUUUUUUGCUUAUAGAGGAGCCUUAAACACAAGUUUUCUGAGGCCUAAGGUACAUAACCAGAAUGAAGUCACUCAUUGUAGUAACCUUUCUUUAUUUCCUAAAUUUUUGAUUGGCGUCCUGCUACCUUCUCACAAGUUUAGAGAAUGGAUUAACUGAAGCUCAAAAUUUUUGUUAGCUUUGAACAGAUGAUGAUGAUGUCACCAUUUGCAUUAAGUUCCCUUCAGAGUUGUGGGGUUCAAGGGGACUUAACUGCGGAUUUUGUUGUUCAUUAUUGUUGUACUACUUUUUUUUGUUGGACAAAAUAUUGUUGUACUGUUGUUUAUAUGUAUUUUUUUAUUUUAUUUUAUAAAUUCUGGGGCGUUUGUGCCCUUCUGGGAUCAGUUUUUUUUCUAUAAAAGGGAAUGUUGAGGAACAUCUUCGUUUUACUUUA